CGACGAAGUACGGUUCUUGUGAGAUAGCACCAGAGACUAGCUUGUUGCUCUCUUGCGCCGUGUCAUCUAGAUGGAUCGACGUGUGGUGCAUAGAGUGGAGUGCGCAGCGGAGAUGAAGUGUGUUCUCAGGUCCGUCAAUCCGCACGUCGCGCAAACUUUUCUGAAAGAACAGAAGCGGAUCGAGAAUCUUAAUCUUACUACAUGAUGGACUUUUUUCCGAAAAUUACAGUCUGCGCUUGAUUUAAGUAUAUCUUCUCUCACUUUGUUCUGCGAAUACCUGGCUUGCUUGAGACGAAAACGAAAGCUUUCAGCGUGGUUUUUUCAAGAUCGAGCCGAACGGUCAAGAGAACCUGAGAGUAAGUAAGCAGCAAACCUAUCUGACCGCAUCAGCGUGUUGAAGCAAUCAAAUAGUUGUCAUCAAAAUCAACUCUGUAUUCCAUACCCCGCAAAAAAACGCACACUCACAUCUAUCUUCGCAAAUCAAUCAAAACUCGUAGGGAAAUAUUGUUUUUUCGUUCAUUCGAACACAAAACCACCACACAAGAUGGCCAAGAUGAUGAAGAUGAUGUCCAUGAAGAUGUCCAUGAAGGUAUGUCGUCGAUCUGUUUUCAUUUUGAGAAACUGAAUCGGCAUUCGCCAUUGCAUUUGAUAUGAAAGUUUACAUUGGUUUCAUGAAAUGUCAAUGCGUCAUCACCAAAAAAAAAAUCAACAGAUGGGCAUGAAGAAGAUGGCCAUGAAGAAGUCCACCAUCGCCAAGGGCAAGCGCGCCAAGGUCUCCGUCUUCAAGGGCACCAAGGCCAAGACCUCCGGUGGCCUGAAGAAGUCCGACUUGAAGAAGAGCAAGUCCGGAAAGAUCGUGUCCGCCAAGAAGUCCGCUGCCAGCAAGAAGUCCGCCGCCGGCAAGAAGAUCGCCGCCUGGGGUGUCGCCACCGCCAAGGCCCGCAAGGCUUUGGGCAUCAAGGGAUUCUGCCCGGUCGGUGGCAAGACCGCCAAGGGCAAGGCUCUGUACACCAAGGUCAAGUCCUUCUACAAGGCCUAAGUCGUCUUCAAGACCGCUGUGAGGUGAACGAAAAAACAUAUUUCCGCGUGCAGCACCAUCGAUGCCUCUUGUUCUAAGAGGCUUGAUUGACUGUAUGUUAUGGCAACGUAUGUUGAUCAUGUAAGCGAUCACUUCGUUUGUGACGCCGUGCACACGAGUGAGCUACCUUGCUUGUCAACUGUUGUACAGACUACUCGCUUGGAACAAGUGGUCGAUCCACAGUUCGCGAGAUGAAUCUGUUGACUCUCCCGUGGUUGAAAUCACUGACGAGAUGUUAGCAAAAUCACUGCAAAGCAAUCGCUGCCGCUGGCUUAUGCUAGGGCUGCGUUGACACAAGAACCAUUUGUGUUCGCGAAGCCAAGUGGAGCUUCCCAGUUGUUUGCCACA